GGAUUGUGUGGCGGGCUCCGGCCGAGGUGAGAUGGAUUUAUGGACAAGUAUCCCCAUUUUCUUUGGAAAAAGCUUUGAUUUGAGGUAUGCCAGAGGAGUUCUUUGAAAAUGAGAUUGGGCGGACGAUCCAAAUUCGCCGAUCAAGGCUUGUUGCCGCUGAUCGUCGUGCUAAUCAUUACAAUAACCUUCUGGGUCCCAGUGCGGGCCGACCAUAGCCACGUUCAUCAUCGGCAUCUUCACCACAAGCGUGACAAUCAUAAGAACACAACCGAUGAUAAUGAUGCAUUGACACUGGUGAGAAAUGCGCUUGCGGUCCUCAGUGAAGUCAACAAACAUCGAACCGAAAACCCAAAUUUCAACCAGAAUACCUUUUCCGAGUAUCGCAAUGGAACAAGAGAGCCCGCGCAGCCUUUGGACUACAGCUCUGGGGCUGCAAAGACCGCCAGUCUUCAGGCGAGAGAUAGUUCUUCCAACCAAACGAGCGGAAAUCGUCCCUAUCUAAUCCCACCGGAGCUAGCGAAGGCGGCUCGCAUUGUCGCUGAAUCUACCGUCAACAAACCGACGGGGGAUCAGCCCCAAAUUGCUGCAGGAAUCAGAGAGAAAUACGGCAACGGCCGAAGGCAUACAAACACUCCUCCACAAGCUUUGGUCAGGUCGAAUGGUUUAUACGACUAUCUGGCAUUUGGAAGUGGCGGCGAAACUAGCGACAUAUACGACAACAAGACCAUCCAGACGAAAGUAAACAAGCGAGACGGCGCGUCCGAGUAUUGGAUGGCUAUGAUCAAUCAGAAUGGUCAAAGUCCGUUUGCACCAAGUGGCUACAAGGUCUGGAGAAAUGUGCGAGACUACGGUGCUGUUGGGGAUGGAGUCACAGAUGAUACAGAGGCCAUCAAUCGGGCUAUUUCAGAUGGAGGAAGAUGUGGUGUCAACUGUGGUUCCAGCACUAUCUAUCCCGCCACAGUUUGGUUCCCUGGGGGCACGUACCUUGUCAGCUCACCAAUAAUCCAAUACUACAAUACGGAGUUUCUGGGAGAUCCUCUCAAUGUGCCAACCAUCCUUGCAGCCUCUAGCUUCGUCGGGUUGGGUGUUAUAACAUCCGAUGUCUACGUUAGCGAUGACGGGGAAUGGUAUGUCAAUCAGAACAACUUCUUGAGGAGCGUCCGGAAUUUCAAGAUCGACAUUCGCCCGACAGACCCUUCAGCCUAUAUUUGCGCCAUUCACUGGCAAGUUGCUCAAGGAACCUCCCUCGAGAAUAUUGAAUUUUACAUGCUUUAUAACUCCGAUGUUCCUAGCAACACGCAACAAGGAAUUUAUAUGGAGAAUGGCUCCGGUGGCUUCCUUGCAGACCUCACUUUCGUGGGAGGCAACUUUGGUGCCUAUUUUGGGAAUCAGCAGUUCACUUCAAGUCAGCUCGUCUUUGUUCGGUGCAAUACAGCUCUUCAGGUUCACUGGGACUGGGCAUGGACUAUGCAGGACUAUGUUAUUGAGUCGUGUACAAACGGGUUGACUAUCAUUGGAGGAGCUGGUGGCUCCGGUAGUACCGGACAAGGUGUUGGCUCUCUGGUCCUGGCCGAUGCUAUUAUUGCAAAUACACCCAAUGGCAUUAUAACGUCUCUCUACGCCGAGAAUUCAACAUCUCUCUUCCUGAAAAAUGUGGGAUUCUUCAAUGUCAAAACCGCCAUCAUAGACUCUGUCAGAGAACAAGUCCUCCUGGAGGGAGGAAAUGAAGUCCUCAAAGAUGCCUGGGGCUUUGGUAUGGUCACUGAUGCGGGGGGCCAGGGAUCCUUUGUCUCUGGCCAAGACAUCAUUACAGGGAACAUGGAUGACCCAAUGCUGGGAGCUCAAGCUUAUGUCAAGUCCAAUCUCUUUACACGUCGCCGACCUCAAUACGAAACUAUCAAGGCAGGCGACAUCGUCAAUGUCAAAGACUUUGGCGCAAAGGGUGAUGGAACUACUUAUGACACAGUGGUACUCAAUAACAUCCUCUCCUAUGCCGCCAACCUUUCUUCAGUUGUGUACUUCCCUUUCGGUGUUUACAAAAUUCACGAUACGCUGAGAGUCCCGGUCGGCUCGCGUAUCAUCGGGCAGGCUUGGUCACAGAUCAUGGCGACUGGCGAGCAAUUUAGCGAUGUUGAGAAUCCCCACGUAGCUGUUCAGGUGGGAGCCAAAGGCGAUAUUGGCAUAGUUGAGAUUCAGGAUAUGCUUUUCACUGUUUCUGGACCUACGGCUGGUGUUGUUCUCGUGGAAUGGAACGUUGAGCAGUCCGUCAAAGGAUCUGCUGCAAUGUGGGACUCUCAUAUUCGCAUUGGCGGAGCCAUCGGGUCCCAGCUGCAAAAGACCCAAUGCCCAAAACAGUCAGGCAAGGUCAACCCUGACUGUAUUGCUGCCUCUCUCCUUCUUCAUCUAACACCCUCAUCAACGGCGUACAUGGAGAACAUAUGGGUCUGGGUCGCAGAUCACGAUCUGGACGUGAGCACGCAGGACCAAAUUGAUGUCUACGCAGCCCGUGGUAUCCUGAUUGAGAGUCAACUCGCAUGGCUGUAUGGUACUACCUCAGAGCAUUCCACCCUUUAUCAGUACCAAAUUUCCGGUGCGAGGAGGAUUGUCAUGGGAAUGAUCCAAACAGAGUCGCCGUACUACCAGCCUGUUCCUCUGGCCCCUGCUCCAUUUACACCAGGAAAAUUCCCUCAUGAUCCCACAUUCACUAACUGUGAUUCGGACCCUAUCUCAUGUGCUGUCUCCUGGGCCCUCCGUAUUGUUGAUUCCUCCAGUAUCUGGAUACUGGGCAGUGGUCUCUACAGCUGGUACUCAGACUACUCACAGACGUGUCUCAACACCAACAGCUGCCAGCAGAGGGCCUUCGAAAUCGAGCAAAGUGUUGAUCUUUGGAUUUAUAACCUAUGUACCAGAGCAAUCGUGGAAAUGGUCACUCCUUUCCAAGGUGUCCCCACUUAUGCCAAGGAUAAUAUCAAUGGUCUCCUUUCAUCAAUCCUCGUUUGGAUUGGUGGAGUAGAUACGACUAUUGGCGAACGGAAGUUCCCUGGCUGGUCCAUGUACACAUCUGACAGUCUCGAAAAUCUUGAUCUUCCGGAUUCUUGCAAGACAUCGCUGGUCGCAACGAUCAAAUGUGACUCUUUUGCACAAAGCAUGAUGUCCCGCUCUUGGCAUGGAUCUCUCGGCAACGACACCCUGACCGAACUUUUAUGCGAUGCUAGCUGUGGCGAAAGCUUAAAUGAAUGGUUCACAUUGGUACAACACAACUGUGCCGGGUACAAAAUAAAUGGCUCUCCCCCAGAGUUAUAUGGUGGUCGGGUGUGGGCUGGAUACAACGAAACGUGUAUCAAGGACUCAGGCUCGGACAAAUACUGCAACGCUAUAAUCGAUAGCUUUACUCUGGUUCAAAGCACCGAGGAAAUGCCCGAAAGCGAGAUUUGUUCCUACUGCUACACGACCCGUCUUCAAAUGAUGCAACGAACACCCUAUUCCAUGUAUGAUGACUAUUAUCAGGGAGUCUUGGAAACUAUCAACAAACGCUGUGGCCUCUCUGGACCGACCGACAUUCUCGAGAUCCCUUGGGCCACGAUCGACGAAGAAUCAGACUUCUGCCUUUCGGAGAAUUUAUACACAACGGUGACCGGUGACAGUUGUACCUCCAUCGCAGAAGCCAACAGUAUCUCCUCUGCGUCGCUAUACAUGGGCAAUCAGAAGCAAAUUCUGAGUUGCGGCUCAAUGAGAGCGGGCCUCAAACUGUGCCUCCCCCCAACAUGCGAAGCCACAUACUCCCUCGAACCGUCGGAUAACUGCACAGCAAUUGAAACAGCCUUUUCACUUUCGAAUGGAGAUCUUCGUAAAUAUAACCCAUGGAUAUCGUUCGACUGUGACAACUUGCAGGUUGCGAGCAAAAUCUACGGCAAGAAUCUUUGUUUAUCACCGCCCGGCGGUACGCACACAAAUUCAACCGCUGGUACAGGGUCAACUACUCCUGCAAAGGCAAACGGAUAUGUCUAUAACUAUAUUGCACCGCCAGCAAACGCCUCCUUGGCUGAGGGUACAACCCAGAAUUGUGGCCGCUGGCAUGAGGCUGCGGCCAAUGAGACCUGUGUUGGGAUUUGUGGACUGGAGAGCAUCACGCAUGCUUUGUUCGUCAUGGUCAACCCAUCUUUGGAUAGUGCUCAUUGCUCAGAGAGCUUACAGAUCGGGAAGACAUACUGCGCGGGCCCAAUGUAUACGUGGAAUGAUACAAGCACUGAUACUGGUAGUGGCGCUAGUGCAUCAGCUUCUGGCUCCUUUGCCUCCGAGUGAGUUGAAGCUGCACUCGCGUGCGCAAGAGCAAAUGUUAUCGACCUGUUAUCUUCAUUUUCAGAAUUAUUCUAUCAUUAUUCAAUGGCAAUGCGUCAAGAUUCGUGUGUAGAGUCAUAAGCCGCUCGUGCAUAUAAGAAGGGCGCCUCCAGUGUUAUUGCGCGCUGCUUUAGCCGACUGCGUAUUCUUGAACCGAAUAAGAUAGCCG